AUGACCGAGACGUACAAGGAAGUAGUAAAGUGUGUUGCAGACAAGGUCCAUAGAGUAUCUAUUAGUGACCCUGCUGCUUUUGACGUAAAGAGUAUGUGUUCUGAAGGGCUAGCAAAGGUGUGUCAUGUAGGUGCUUGGGCAAUUCGAAGGGUCGUGAGGGAUCACCAAAAGUAUGUUCAAUCAAACCUAGUGACCAAAAAUAGAUCAACUCAUGAUUCUGUUUUCAGGCGCAUGCAGGUUGCUUCUCUAUUAGUAGAACACUUGGUUGGAAAUUAUGAAUCCCUAAAAGAUAGGACAAAGUAUCCAGAGACAUUGUGUGUGACAGAGGACCGGCAAUUUCGCAGUCGUGGUCUGACACAUAUUGAAGAUUGGGCAUAUGAAUUUUUUUUAGAAGCAGAGGUGGCACGUGUUGGUCUCAUGAAUGAUUAUAGGCUAUCGCAGCUUCGUGAAAAUUUGAUUAGUGAAUCUGAAACACAUAUGAAGAAUGAUAUUCACCUUCAACAGAAAUGGUUGGAGUGUUUUCCAGAAGAGGAGAAAGAGGAAAAGUUGGUAAGCUACAAUUUUCAUUGUAUAUGUUUUACAGAUCAAAAUUGAAUUCAGGUUAUUGUUUUUAAAUUAUUCAUGAUGCAAGACUGGAAGACAAAUAAAAUAGAGAAUCAUCCUUGGGUUAACCUUGAAUUUAAUUUUGAUCUGUAACAUACAUGUGUGCUCUUGUUUUGAAAUAUUUGAAAUGAAGUGUAAUAUUGAAACACAGUCUGCCAAUCAAAUGACAGCUGAGCACCCACUUCUUUCCCUUUUCCACGCCUUAAUUUAAUUUUUACCUUGCCACAAUCAUACUGGCAAGACUUACAUGUACAAAUCAAAUGAAUGUAAUUGUGUGAAAAUGGUUUUUACCCAUUUUUUAUAUUAAAUAUAUUUUUCCCUUUUCUCCUGGGUAUUACAGUAACUGUUGUCAGUUCAGGGUCAUUUUAGCAAAAUGAAGGAAAACAUAUUAUAAGAUAAAUCUGCAUCUUUGCUAAUGAUAAUUACUACAUAUGGUCAUUGCUACACAAUAUGAUUGUGAUGUCUUGCAUUUUGUUAGGAGCUUAUCAAGGAGGCUUAUAAAGAUGUCACUGGCAAAUAUGUGAUGGUUGGUGCUGGACAAUACAUGAGAGAUUACCGAAGAGCACACAAGUAA